UUUAAGUUAACUCGUGCAAGUGUUCAAUAUAAAAUGAAUAUCAACCUCCGUAUUAGUUUAAGAUUAUUUAAUUUUACAAAAAUAAAAUCCUUCGAGUGCAGCUCUCGAAGCGCAUCUCAGUAUUAUCCGAUUGAUGAGCAUAUUUUUGGAUUAAAUGAUCAACAAAAAGAGUUAAGAACAGCUGUUUUUAAUUUUGUGCAAAAAGAAUUGGCCCCAAAAGCUGCGCAAAUAGACAAAACAAACAACUUUGAUGACCUACGGUCAUUUUGGAAAAAACUGGGAAGCUUAGGUCUGUUAGGAAUAACUGCAAAGCCAGAAUAUGGAGGCACAGGUGGAAGUUAUUUGGACCACGUUAUCGUGAUGGAAGAAUUAAGUCGCGCUUCCGCUUCUAUCGCCUUGAGUUAUGGCGCUCACUCGAAUUUGUGCAUCAAUCAGAUCCAACGAAAUGGAACUGAAGAGCAGAAGCUCAAGUACCUGCCAAAGCUGUGCAGCGGUGAACAUUUUGGAGCUUUAGCAAUGUCCGAACCGGGUUCAGGAUCCGAUGUCGUGUCAAUGAAAACAAAAGCUGAAAAACACGGCGACUAUUACAUUCUAAACGGCAAUAAAUUUUGGAUCACUAAUGGAUGUGAUGCUGAUACACUUGUUGUUUAUGCUAAAACAAAUUUAACCACCGAUAAACCACAGCACGGCAUAACUGCGUUCAUCGUUGAAAAAGGUACCGAAGGAUUUACCACGGGAGUUAAAUUGGACAAACUUGGCAUGCGCGGUUCUAAUACAGCGGAAUUAAUCUUUCAAGAUUGCAAAAUACCCGCGAAGAAUAUAUUAGGCCAGUUAAAUAAAGGUGUCUAUGCAAAGAUAGCUGAUAUGUACACUACGCUAAGUGCAAACAGAAGCUACUUGUACUCUGUAGCCAGAGCUUGUGACACUAAUCAUAUAAAUCGUAAAGACUGCGCUGCAGUUAUUCUUCUCUGUGCAGAAAGCGCGACAAAAGUUGCGUUAGAUGCAAUUCAAAUCCUUGGCGGAAAUGGAUACAUCAAUGAUUACCCAACGGGUCGCUUGCUGAGAGACGCAAAGUUAUAUGAAAUAGGGGCAGGAACGAGUGAAAUCAGAAGAAUGAUAAUCAGUCGAGAAAUUACUGAGGAGUAUUCUUAA